GGCUCUGUGGCUUCCUUCAGCAGGAGGGGUGGUCACGGUGUCGCUGCUCCAGAGAAGCCCACGAUACCUGCGACUGUUGGAAUGAUCAACAUGAGUGGACAAGCAGAAAAAACCCAGUCUUCCCAGGGGGGUAACACCCAUGAAAAGUCUCCUGAGAAAAACUGUCAAAUCGGACAGAAACAGCUGCAACAGAUAGAGCGGCAGUUAAAAUGCUUGGCAUUUCAGAACCCUGGGCCCCAGGUAGCGGACUUCAACCCUGAAACAAGGCAGCAGAAAAAGAAAGCGCGCAUGUCGAAGAUGAAUGAGUAUUUUUCUGUGAAGUACAAGGUUCUGAGGAAGUAUGAUAAAAGCGGCAGGCUAAUCUGUAACGAUGUGGACUUGUGUGACUGCCUAGAGAAGAAUUGCCUGGGCUGCUUCUACCCCUGCCCCAAGUGUAACUCCAACAAAUGUGGGCCUGAGUGCCGCUGUAACCGCCGGUGGGUGUACGAUGCCAUUGUCACGGAAGCUGGGGACGUUAUCAGCACGCUGCCAUUUGAUGUUCCCGACUAGAAGCUGGUACACACGGGCGAAUUUCCUUCUUCUUUUUGGACAUAUACGUUGACCUUAUUGUCUUGAGUGAAUUUUAGGGCUUGGGGAAAGUAUCGAAAAGCCACUACCUGACUCUGUUUUUGAAGCAGUAGCAUAUCAUGGAACGGCAGUCCUUCUACAACUUUCUUACUGUGUCUCCUCCUUGUGACUACGGAGUAUGACAGUGGAUGCAUUUCAGGAUUUCUCAUCGACCCCUCCACCCGCAGGUCCUACU